UUAAUAAUGUAUGUUUCGUUCGGAGCGUCAUGACGCAUAUAUAAUUAUUUUUACUGUUACGUUAGCACUAGCAGACGCUUUUUAUCUCCAACCAAGCAACGUAUCUCAGAAAAUACAACGUUGAACGUGUGCAUAUCAUCAUAUAGGAGAGACCACGUGACGUGACGUGCAGACACGUAAUUCUAAGUGCAGUUAGUUUCUUUCCACCAUAUGAGUGUACAUCCCACAAGUAGCUGCAUUAAAUUUUAUCUAAGUAUCUAUGAUACUAGAAUUAAUAAUAUCGUCACCUUCUACAAGUCUUAUCAUAAGUCUUGUGUGACCAACUUUACAUGAUGUGGUCCAAGUUGCCUUAGAUGAUCACCUCUACAGCAAUUUACCCAUGUACACAGUAAAGUAUUCCAAAGGUGUCCUAGAGUACCUUGGUCACGGCAUGGGUGCUGUGGUAGGAGGUGGGAUUCAAACCAGCAGCCUUCUGAUUAGAAGGAAACGGCAGCUCAUCCACGUGGCUGUGCAUUCACUCUGCAGUGACGGAAAGAAGGUUUAUCAUGAGGCUUGCGGGGCCUCUGCGGGUCGUAGCAGUGGUGUUUCUAGUAGGACUCACCUGGUUACUAGCCAGUAACCUGUUCGGAGGCGAUAGCAGCUUUGUCAAAGUACGGCACUUCUUUCACGGAACUCAAGACCAGACAACGCCAGAGCCUAAGCCACGCAAGUACAAAUGCGGUCUAUCGGCCCCCUGUCCAGCAAAGCAUCUGGCCUUCCGCAUCACCUCUGGGGCGGCCAAUGUCAUCGGGCCUAAGAUCUGCCUGGAGGACAAGAUCCUCUUUAGCAGCGUGAAGAACAAUGUCGGUCGAGGGUUGAACAUUGCUUUAGUCAAUGGUGUGUCGGGGGAAGUCUUUGAUAUAAAAUCUUUUGACAUGUGGGCUGGAGAUGUGUCCGACCUGCUUAAGUUCCUCCGUCCGCUGCACGAGGGAACGCUCGUCUUUGUGGCCUCUUUUGAUGACCCAGCCUCCAAGCUGAACGACGAGGCCCGCCGGCUCUUUGAGGAGCUUGGGAGCACUGCGAUCAAGGAGCUGGCCUUCAGGGACAGCUGGGUGUUCGUGGGAGCCAAGGGCAUCGAGAACAAGAGCCCAUUUGAACAGCGGAUGAAGAACAGCAAGAACACCAACAAAUACGAGGGCUGGCCGGAGUCUCUGGAAAUGGACGGCUGCGUCCCACUUCGAGUCUCCCAGGACAGCUAGCGGCUGCUUCAGUGGACAUUCCUCUGCUUGCGAGUGGAGCGACAGUUGAGCACCCUGACCUGAAGAGUUCAUUCUUCCCUUCGUUGGAUCCUAGGAGAUCCUCUAUAUUUAUCUCCACGGAUGACUGCAUCUGUGGACUUUUAAGGGUAUUUAGGUUGCAAGGAGUCUGGCUAGCCUUUUUUUUUUUUUUUUUUUUGCUAUGUCGCUAGUAUUUGUAACUUUUAUGAAGGAAAAUCUAGAAUUUACUUGAAGGCAGCAGCUCGGGUCCUUUUGUCGUGAGCUUGCGCAAUCACAUUCCCAAUUAUGCAUUCAGAAUGCCUAGAUGCUCAAAAUAUUGACCUGUAUCAAGUCAGUUCCAGAUAAGGUAGUCAACCUAGGAUUAAAAUGAAUAAUGCAAUGAAGAAGCAACAUUUUUAUCUGGUGUUUGAAUGUGAAGACAUUGAUAAAGCUGUGAAGUAUGCAUUUAAUGAUGGGGAAUCUACCUGAAAUAGAGAACAGUACAGGAACAUCUUAAGAUAUUGGACAUCAAAUUACUAAGGAGCUGUGCUAUAAAAUGAUGCUAGGCCCAAUUCAUUGUUUUUCUUUUUUGUUUCUUUCCAUAUUAUCUGAAACUUCAUUGCAUAUCGACACGUACUCAAAACACAUUACACAAUGCCAGGGAACAAACAAAAGCUUUACAAUUUAAUAAAAAAAAAAAAAAAAUCUAUGCAUGCUUUCUAAGUCUUUGUUAUGGCUAAUAAGCCGAUAUGAUAAUCAAAAACUUGCAACGCAUUGUCCUUUUCCUGGCAAUAGCUGGUGUGCUGGACUCUACUGGGCCUGUGGGUGGGUACUGUGUACCACUAGUCAAAGAUCACCCAGAGGGUUGAAGUGCUGAGGUUCAAAGAUUUCAGCUGGCAUUUUGGUUGUUUCUGACUGCUGCCAGAUGUUUUAUCAAGUUGAAAAUGUGAAUAAUGAGAAUUGUCACAAGUCUGUCAGAGAGAAUAAAAUUGUGAUGUAGUUCCAAUGUUUUCAUAAACGGUUGAAGGUUUCCAUUUCAGUGAUCUGAAUUUAAUUCAAGUGUUUAUCACAGGCUGUAUUGGUAUUAUUUAGCAAAAUAAAUGUUUAUU